GUUCCAUAUAAACACUUGUAGCUUUUGCCGUGUGGACACGAUUCGCUGACCAAACAACGCGCAUCAAACAAAAUUAUCAUAACAACGUUUCGCUAUACACGCUUCCAAUUAGUCUCAGACACACGGCGCGGCCAGCACGGCGUCCAACUUGCUUGUUUGGUUUUUAAAUUACUUUUAAAAUGAUUAAAUUAGUUGUUCUGUUAUGUGCGCUUGGAAAUUGCGGUAAAGUUUUCGGUCUCGAAACCACAACGUACGAGUUGUUAAUGCCUAAUGUCUAUCCACACAGGGAUGAGCUGUACCUCUGCACUCCCAUCCGGAUUUCCCCGGACAGAAGCUAUUACAUAGUGGGAUUCCAACCCAACGCAAGCAUGCACACAGCUCAUCACAUGCUUCUGUAUGGCUGCUCAGAACCAGGCUCCAAUGACAGCGUUUGGAGUUGCGGUGAGAUGUCAAGUAAUGAAAUCGACGCUCAGUACAAUACUGCAAGUCCAUGCGGCUCAGGAUCUCAGAUCGUCUACGCAUGGGCUCGUGACGCUCCGAGCCUGACGCUUCCCGAAGGCGUCGGGUUCCUAAUCGGCAAAAACUCGCCCAUCAAGUACUUGGUACUACAAGUGCAUUACAUGUCCAAGUUCCCAGAAGGCAAAACCGAUAACUCGGGUGUCUUCCUGAAGUAUACACAGGAGCACAUGCCCCGCCAAGCCGGCGUGUUUCUGCUCGGUACCGGCGGCGUGAUUCCUCCGAAGAAGGUGGAACAUAUGGAGACAGCUUGCACUAUGACGGAGGAUAAGGUCAUCCAUCCUUUCGCGUUCAGAACUCACACCCACGCUCUUGGGAAAGUGGUCACCGGCUACGUAGUCCGCAAGAACCAACAGGGCGACGAAUGGAACCUGAUCGGCGAGAAGAACCCGCAACUGCCACAGAUGUUCUACCCCAUACAAGACUCUUCGCCUAUUGGCAAGGGAGACAUCUUGGCCGCUAAGUGCGUGAUGAACAAUACUAACGAACACAUUGUCAGGAUUGGAGCGACCAACAAGGACGAGAUGUGCAACUUCUACCUAAUGUACUGGGUGAACAACGACACGCCUCUAGAACAGAAAUAUUGCUUCUCGGCCGGCCCUCCCUACUACUACUGGUCGCGCGCUCCGCAGAACUUCAAUCGCAUUCCCGUCAGUGACAACUCCAAAUACGCGUAAACUGUUUUAUUGUCUUUCUCAUAUUUUGCUACAAAAACUUGGAAAGUAAGUAACUUACUUGCAGCGACAGAAUACCAGCCGGCGUAUCAUGCUUCCAAUUUUAUCACUUAUCCACGUGGAUGAAGCAUCCGUCACACUUUGGCAAGUAUGUCAGUGUGAGAGUUACAGUUGUCUUAUCCACGUGGACAAGUGAUAAAAUUAGAAGCAUGAUACGCCGGCUGGAGCUCUUAGCACAUUUUCGACGACACUUACGUAACACGUAUACUGAGAGUUUCCCCAUAAAUCAACCCCAUACGCACUUUUGAAAUUAACCUAUGCAUACUUAGUCAGUUCUAAAGUUCUGUCACAAAGGUUUUAAGUGAUAAAAACUUUAUUGACAGAUAUUUCUUACUAUGCAUAUGCAUGGUUUGAAAGCUCGUUUCAUACUGAAUAAAUUGCAAUAUUACUUAAAGUACUUUGCUGUCGCAGUUUCGCGUGGUUCCUUGUAACAUCUGAAAAUUUGGUAAAAAAAACAAGUCAAGAAACACGCGACCUCUUCCGGACGUUUUUAUUUUUUAUUUAUUUUUGGUUGGCUUAAUAUGCUUUAAUGAUACUUAUUAUAAACGCUGGGUCUUUUAUGUUUAAGUUUGUAUAUGAUUUUUGUGAAUUAAAUGGACAAUAUUGCUACUGUACAACGUUUUGUUGCACAUUCCCGUUGAUGAUUGUGAAAUCUAAGCGUUUUACUGAAAAGUACCCAAGUUCUAAAGGUUACUAGCAGACUUAAAGAUUUCUAGGAAAAUGAAAUACCAGUAAUUCAAUAUGCCCAAAUUCAGAGAACUCAUACUAAAAAAAUAAUUAUUUUAUUUGGCUAAUGUAACAAUGUUUUUUUCUUCCUUUUGCGAAGUCUAUUUUUCCGCGUGCUGACGUCUAUCGACAAACUCAAAGUAAUCAAGGAUUCUUAAAAAUCACGAUCUACAUUUUCGAUCGUUUAUAUCACAUUUUAAUAAGUAUAAAACAGGUUUUGAUAUCAUGUAUUUUUUAUUGAAUAAAAACCUUUAUAUACAAUUUUAUCAGUUAAAACAUUUGUGACAGAACUUUAGGAC